UGGCCAUUAUCCCUUUAUUCCCUUAGUAGUUGACCAGUGUUUGAGGAGCUGGUUAAGUGUUAGGUAAGGUCAGCAGGAGGAGGAGGAGAUCCAAUCGAUUAUUCACAGGCGUCUCUUUCUCUCUCUCUAUUUCAAUCCAAUAGAUUAUCACAGCACCGUGAAAAAGCUCGCUCGUGCAUGAAUUCCGCACGACAUACAUCAACAACAGAUGCAGGCAAUCGGUAAAUGUAAUAUACGAUUCAUCCCAUGAAAAAGUUCAAUUACUAAAUAGAAGAAAAGUAGCUCAACGAAGCAACUAUGGAAACUUCUGGUCAAAGUUAGCCAUUUGAAGAAUAUAAAAAAUUCUAAAGCGUCAGCGUGUUGAAUUUCGUAUUUUUUCUCCAUUUUACAAUCUAACCCUAGAUAGAUAGCCUUUAAGCAUUUCUUCUCUUGGUAUCGAUAUGGAUUCUCUAUCAGCUUCUUCCUUUUGCUAAACCGACUGGACUUCUAUCUGGGUAUACGAUCGGAUGGGAAACCCAAUUGAGGUUUUAGCUGUAGAGGCCCUGGGAUUAGGGUUUGAUCUCACCUCUGAUUUCCGGCUGAAAUUCGCCAAGAGUUGCCCUGACGGCGGGAGUUUGGUGGAGUUAGACCAAACAAACAAACGGGACAUUGUCAUUCCAGGCAUUGGUGUCACCAUUCCUGAUGUAUCGGAGGAUAUAGGUUGCGAUAAAGGGGAUCGAGUCCGGCUUAAAUCGGAUGUUCUUGACUUUAAUCAGAUGUCUGAGUUGCUGAACCAAAGAUCUUCUCUACAAGGGAAAGUUCCAUCUGGCUACCUCAAUUCUGUGUUUGAUCUAACUGGUUCAUGGCUGAAUGAUGGAGAAGACACCAAAUAUCUUGCUUUUGAUGGUUACUUUAUAUCUUUGUUCUAUUUACAUCUAAAAGCUUCUCCACUUAUACUCCGAGAGAGCGUUAAGAAAGCAGUCCCUUCUCAUUGGGAUCCAGCAUCCUUAUCUAGAUUCAUCAAGACUUAUGGAACGCAUAUAAUUGUGGGAAUGGCUGUGGGAGGUCAAGAUUUACUUUGUGUGAAGCAAAGGCCAUCUUCAUCUAUCCUGCCUGGUGAACUUAGAGGAUAUUUGGAGGAUGUUGGAGAUUGUUUAUUUUCAGAUGGAAAGAGUCCUUCUCUACUAGAUAUAAGAUCAAGAAAUGGAAAGCAGAAGGUUCCUGAAGUCUUCAAACGAGUAUUGCAGCCCCAGCCAUUACAGUUCAACAAUGUUACCGAAACUUCAAGCAAGGAUGGACUGACUAUUAUAUUGUCCAAAAGAGGAGGGAAUGUGUUUUCACAGAGCCACUCCAUGUGGCUUCAAACGGUGGCUGCAAAUCCAGACGCAAUUCUCUUCAAAUUUGUUCCCGUUACUUCUCUACUCACGGGUGUACCAGGAAGUGGUUAUCUUAGUCAUGCUAUCAACUUAUACCUACGCUAUAAACCGACUCCAGAAGAUUUGCAGUACUUUUUGGAGUUUCAAGUUCCUCGUCAAUGGGCGCCACUUUUCUGUGAGUUACCUUUAAGACACCAACGGAGGAAUACAUCCCGCCCAUCUCUACAGUUUCGGUUCUUGGGUCCGAGGAUUCUUGUCAGCUCUAGUCAGGUUUCUAGCGAGAAGAAACCGAUUUUAGGCUUGCGUUUAUACUUAGAAGGGAAGAAAAGCAAUGGGUUAGCAAUACAUGUCCAUCAUCUCUCAAGCAUGCCAAAUGUAAUGACUUCCAGAUUAGUCGAUCCAUCGAGAUGCAAACCAUGUCAAUGGCGAGGUUCAGAUGACUACGAGACCAGCAACCAAUUCUUGGAAUCCAUUAAUUGGAAAAGAUACUCUAAGGUCUGCUCCACUGCAGUAAAACACGACCCUAACUGGAUUCGCCAAGGAGAAACCGCCGGAGUUUUUAUUGUGACAGGCUCACAACUUGUCUGUUCAGGGAAGUGGCCGAAAUCUGUAUUGCACCUAAAACUGCUUUUCACACACAUACCAAACUGUACCAUUAGGAAAACAGAGUGGGUUAGUGCGCCAGCUGGUUCCCGAAAGGCGAGUAUUCUGACCAAUUUGAGCACGACUUUCACGUUUACUCAGAAGACUGCUAUUAAUAAUAAUGCAGAUGGUCCUAAGAAUCAAGCUGCUAAUCUGAAUUCGGGAGUGUACCCAUCUGGACCGCCUGUCCCGAUUCGUUCUAAGAAGUUUCUAAAGUAUGUUGAUACAUCCGAAGUGGUAAGAGGGGCACAUGAUAAUCCGGGGCAUUGGCUCGUGACAGCAGCUAAGUUGGUGGCCGAAAAUGGUAAGAUCCGAUUGAAUGUGAAGUUUGCGUUACUGGAUUACGACGGUUAGAAGCAACAAUGAGUUUUAUUUUUAUUUUAUGUGACUUAAAAAUGUUAUAAUAUAAAGAGGGUGAAUUUUAGGUUAUAGUUUGUAGUAGUACAUUUCAUUGGUUGGUUUGCCCUAGAUAUUACCUAUAUACAAAUGGUUUAUUAGCAAGGCAGGGGUUUCUUGUGUAAAGACUGAAAUUGUUGAGGGAGUAAUUACAUUACAUUCAAAUAAUUUUAUUCUG